AAAAAUCGCACAUUUUCCGACAUCCCGUGAAUCCAACACAAUGCGUCCGGCUCGGACUGGGCGGUAGCAUCACUCCAGCAUAUGAAUGGGUUUGUGUUGGGCCUCCAGUAAGCUUUGCGCCCCGGGGAGCUGAUAUGUAGUAUUUUGACAACAGUGUGAUUAUUUGGCAGUGAACAGCCUCAAAUCACUCCCUUGUCCCAGUUCUCCCUAGGGCUUCAAAGCUAAGUUAGCUUAGCAUCAUCUCCUCGACCUUAACGUUAUGCUAACGCAGUGAUUAGCCAGCUAGCUAGCUAGCUGCUAGCAGCUUUAGUUAAUGUAGGGAUAGUUGAUAUAAAUGGGUAGGAAAUUAAGAAAUUCGGUUUGUCAACAAAGAAUUCAAUCUGUGUAAUAGUUUUUUUUAGAGUAAAUAAUUUCAAAAUGGACCUAAAUUUUUACUCUGACCUGUCGGAUGGUUGUGCUCAAAGUGUUGAUUCGGAGUUUUUGGACACCCAGGCAUAUGGUGGAUACUCCGAGGAAAAUAAGUUCCCAGAAGGCAGCGACAGUUAUCUCACCAUCAGUGGAGCGGGCCACCCUUUUUUGUCCGCUGAGCAGACAUUUCAUACCCCCAGCCUCGGGGAUGAGGUUUUUGAGAUUCCCCCCAUCUCCCUUGAUCCAGACCCAACUCUGAGCAUCAGUGAUGCUGUGUCCCAUUUUGAACUGACAGAUGGGUCAGACGGCACCAGGGGACCUUCAGGCUCCCGUAGCCUUGUUAGCAACCUGGUGGUCGAGGCCAAUGACCCUUCCUUCGCUUCCACCUUUGUGAACUCUCAAGGCCUGGAGCAGCUGAACCUUGGGGCAAUGGGCCAGGCUGGAGGAGGAGCCCUGCUGAGCUCUUCUGCAUUGGAACUGGGGAAUUCCAGUGGUUCACAUUUCAGCAGUUCAUCCCCCAUGACCAUUGAUGUCCAACUUGGUGACAUCGGUCAUGGUCUUUUGGGAAGCAGUCAGCUGUCCACUAUUAACCAGUCUGAGCUGGCACUGGGUCUUGGGGGUGAAAACAUCAGGCAUCAUUCAGAGACACCUGAGCAGCCGCUGUCUGCAACACCAUCUCCAGCUGGCUCCCUGCAGGAUGAGGACAUGGAUGACUUCAAGAGGAGUGUGCUGGUAGACUCCCCCAUGUCUUUCUCCUCUUCGUCUGCCCUCUCCCACAUGUCCUCCCACCAAACUCCUACAUCUUCUGUGUCCCUGGCUACAGCCAGGAGGGGCGGGGGGAAGCCGACCACGCUGGCCUCAGUAGCUGGGGCGGUGGGCACUAAGAAAGGAAGGAAGAAGAAAGACCCAAAUGAACCACAGAAGCCCGUUUCAGCGUACGCCCUGUUCUUCAGAGACACCCAGGCAGCCAUUAAAGGCCAGAACCCCAACGCGUCUUUUGGGGAGGUAUCAAAGAUAGUGGCUUCCAUGUGGGACAGCCUGGCUGAGGAACAGAAACAGGUGUAUAAGAGAAAGACAGAAGCAGCCAAAAAGGAGUAUUUGAAAGCACUGGCAGCUUAUAGAGCCAACCAGCUCUCACAGCCUGCCAUUGAGGAGAUGGAGACCGCCCCUUCGCCACCUCCACCGGUGGUCAACCCGCCACAUGCAGCCCUUCCCUCUGCUGGUCACCAGGCCAUCCGCCUGGCUAACAACAUCAACCUGGAAGAGAACACCAUCACCAACAUUUGUGCCUCCAACAUCAUCCUGGACGUCCCGGAGAUGACCACACGUUCCCGCACGGGGGCAAACAAAGCCUCCCCUCCAGCAGCUGUAGUACCCCCGGCCCAGACCAUAACCAAGAUCAUAAUCCCAAAGCACAUUUUGCAGGCGGGUGGCCAGGUGGUGACCGUGUUACCCGGAGGGGUCCGCGCUUUGCAGCCUACACUGGUGGUGUCGGGUGCCUCUCGUCAGCCACCUCCACUGCAGCAGAUGCAAAACGCACCGCCUCCGCCACGGCUCCAGCAGAUGGCACCAGCACCUCCACCCUUACAGGCCAAGCCCCGCGAGGGAAGCACCACGCCAGUUCUCCCUGUGUCUAUCAUGGCUACACCUCCACCUCCGCUCCAGAUAAAAAUAGUCCCAACUUCCUUGCAGGGCAAAGAGGCCCUGCCAAUUAUUGUCCCUAAUACAGCAGCUGCGUCAUCUACUCCGACUACAUCUGUCCAAUCUGCACCCAUGGUGUCAGUGCAGGUGGUGAACUCGACUGAUACGCCAAGCAAUACAGACGACGAUGAAGUUACAGAAGUGCUACCUUCAGAAGAGGAUGAGAUGGAGGUGAAUGGGUCCACUGAUGCUGCAACUAUGAAGAGUGUGUGUGUGAGGGUGGGCUGUAACAACCCAGUCGUAGAGAGUGAAGACUGGGACAAGGAAUACUGCAGCAACGAAUGUGUGGCCACUCACUGCAGAGAUAUUUUCAGGUCGUGGUGCUCGAUCAGGAAUCAGACCAUGGGAACAGUGAAAUAAAGAGCAGCUGCUACCAAUCACAUCAGCAGAAUACUUGUUUUUCACUAAGAGCGAGUGUUCAUAGUUGAAGGACGGAUGCAGAACUGGUACUGUACAGAAAGGUCAAAAAUGUAUUUCACCGCAGUGUCAUAGUCCUCUCAUUGUUUUGUACAUGUACUUUAGGUUUGACAGUUGCUGUUCAGGACAAUAAACAAGUAGUAUUGCUAAAUGGCACUAAAUUAAGACAGUGAUUCCAUGUUGGUAUUUUUGGCACACAGACUAUUCUAAUGAAAUGUCUGCAGUGUGGAUAAUGUUAUGUUUUAUUAUGUAUACAGCUUUUAGCCAGGCAUCAAGGGACUUCAAGGCAGCUAGAGAAAAGAUCAGCACAAUGAAGUAUGUAAGUUGGUCAAGACGACGGUAUUCUGUCUUUUUUUUUUUUUUUUAAAGCCUACACCGGUCAGUUUAUACUUGUUAACUGUAAAUUGUUGGGAAAAUCUGUUUCUCAAAACACUGACAAAGAGGAUCAACAUUUCAUUUUUACAGCAGUUUGAGACAUGAUUGUACAGUGCUCACUGUCUGAUUUGAUAUACAUGCUCUGAAAUGUCUUGGUGUUUCAUGCCUCGUGCCAUAAGCAAAAGAACCAAUUCUAAUUCUUUCUUUUCUUAGCUGAAAUAUGCCUUAGUUUGAGUGGGAAAACAGUUUGUAUCACUAAAUACCUUUUUUUUUGUACUGUGGCACUACAGAGACCUUCUAGGUUUAUUAUUGCCUUCAUUUUUUUUUUUUGGUAAAACAUUCUGUUCAGAUCAUUGUCAGUUGUUAAAAAAUGCUCGACUUUAAUGUUUUCUUAAUAAAUGAGCAAAAUUGA